UUUAAAACGAGGUCUUGCAUCCAGUGUGGCAACGAAUUACGAAGUUUUGACUGGAAUAUGGUAGUUUGUGGUUCCAGUUAAAUCGUAGUAUGUUGAACUAAAAUAAUCAAGAUACCAAAGCCCAGAACAACCGAUUUAAGUGCUUGAAUACAUAAGCUGCUUAAAGUCAAAUUAUUUAAAUUCAGCACAAAAUUACUCUGACGCGAUCUAUGUAUGCGUUUCUCUCAAAGUACUCAAAACCAAGAUACCAGUUUUUGCGCUAACUUGACGACAUUCAAUCAACUUUGACUCAAAAAGUAUAUUUCCAGAAUCGUUAUCAUGAAAAGGUACUACAAAGGAGAUGAAAACAUAUUCACAACGGUGUGACUUCACCAGUAUAAUUUGAUUUUGAAGCAAUGCAUAAAUUUCACGCGGAAGCCUUUGUGGAACACAAUUUACACAGGCAAAUAUGUCUUUGGGCUUUAUUGAAACCUUUGAAGUUUGGUGAUAGUCUGAAAAGUAGGAGCAAAAUGAAAUAAAAACAAUUAUACAGUCUCUUUGGCCAUCAACGUUUCCGAUAAGCCAUCACAAUUCCCCAUCAUCGCAAGGGACAUUGUUCAUUUUCUGACUGCGCAAAAGCACUAGAAUGCGACACUAUAGUUUCGGCUGUACAGAUUUCGUAGCCAAACUGUAGAAAGUGAGGAGAAAACAUAGACGUCUCCUUAAAAUAUCAGAUGACAUGGCCAGACAUAUUCGCUCUGAGACUUUGGGGGAAGGAAAAAAUGUUACUGCUUUUUUUUCCUCGUUGCGAACGCUGGCUCUCCUUGUGUCUAUCAGUCCAAUGUUACCAAGCUCUACCUACUUGGGUUGUACCCGGAAUCCAGUCCCUUGGCAGGAGGACAGACCGCUAUAUACCUGCUAUCGAACCAGCAGUGACGGAUGUCAACGACAAUCCUGAUAUUCUACCGGGUUACGAGAUUGUUGCCAUACCAAGGGAUACUCAGGUAAGAUAUCGGUCUUUCGCAAUAACGGCUGACGAUAACCGUUUUUGUGGCCGUUGUUAAAUGAACAUUGACUCUUUUUAGAUUGGAACGACAUAUAAAAGAAAUUGCUUUCAGCAAAAUACUUCAGCGGUUCAAAUCAAUCCGCAUGAACAUGUCUCAGUCUGAGAGGGUGAAUGCUCCAUAUGUAAGCCAAUAGAAGUCACCAUUUUGUAUUUUUUCCACGAUGCAAUAGUGAUAAAAUCGCCGGCAUGUUGAAUGGAGUCCUUUCCGUUUUUGUGGGUUCUUACUUCUGACUGAGAGGAAAUAACGAUAUAGGGGAUAAAGAAAAUAUUUUGACAAGGCAAGGAGGGGUGUAGAAACGUUAAUAAGUUUCAAUCCGUUACAUAAAGCCUCUACUCAUACCUGUCUUUUGUUGCUGUUCGCUGAAUACCAAAGGUGCAUGGACCUUUUUGUUUGCAUGGAAUGUCUCAUUCCGUAUUUAAGGCCUUGUAGCGGGCUGCUCGGCCUCGGUCAGUGUCAGUUAUGGUGAACGUGCGUGAGCACAGUUUGAAGACCGCACCCCUAUUCCGAUGAUUGUAUACAUUGCUGCUGCUGGGAUCUGCCUGUGGGCUGCCGGAGGUGGUUGGUUUUCGUAGCAACUGGGGUCCGUGCUAGUGUGGCAAUGCUGUUUAGGGGGUGCAGCCUUGAUGGCUGUGCUCACCGUUCUGCACCGACCGGGCAGUGGUCUUUAUUUUUCAUACAAGAAAGGGUAAGUUAAAGUCUUGUAAUAGUGAUUUCCUUUGCUUGACUGAGUUGUGUGUCUGUAAAACUUUAAUGUUUUUGUGCAUGGCUAUCUUAUUAAUUUUGUUUUUCUUAGCAUGGCCGUUUCUAAUUUCGCUAAUGCAGGCCCAUUGUUUGUUUCAUGUGGUGUAUUUUGUUAAUUAAAAUAAUGUAAAUAAUUUUAUGCAUUGACCAAUUGUUGUGCAUGUUUUCUGUGUUUGUGUUGGCAACCUCUGGUUUGUAAGAAACCUUUUUCUGAUUACCAGUUAUGAUGAUUAGUAUGUGCAUUUCCCUUGGCGCAGUAUGACUUAAUGCUUUUUCCCCUUAAAAUGUAUACAUGUCUUCAGUUCUGAGCAGAAGGAUUCAAACAAAACAAACAACUACAAAGGCUGAAGGCAUGUACACGCCCUGUUUCGUUUUCAUCCAAAGGCAGACUCAACUGUCCGGGUAUCGUACGUUAUAAGAGACAAUUUGUCAUUACUUCAAAUUCUAAGAUCACAUUUCCUUUUCAAAUCAUUUGAGUUAUAACAAUGACAAGCCUAACAAAAACACUGUAAAUGGUAGAAAAUUGUUUUUGUUACCAUGGUAACAUAUUUUGUAUUGUGUUGUACACAAGGUUGUAUAAGUUUUCAUAAUUAAAUUGAUCAAACGCUCAAACAGCAAAGUUACGACGAAGCAUGGAGUUUGAUGGGUUUUUUGUCCAGUGCAAGGGGGGCAAAGCUAUGUACCGAGAGCUCUUCAACAAAAGCACUACGGUACCAAGGUCAUGGUGAUUGGAGGAGGCCCUAGAUACCGAACCUACAGCACAAGCUUCGCACUACUGGAACCUUAUUCAGGGGCUCGCAUCAUCGUCUCUGAGUUCUAUGACAGCACGGCGAGGAGAGUUUUCUGUGAGGCCUACCACCAGAAGAUGUACGGGUGCCAAAUACGUGUGGAUGGUUUCAGGUUCUUGGAAAGGUUCAAAGAGCCUGUUGGUUCAGACAAUCCGGAAUCCUUGCAAGGUUGAGAUGGCAUUCAGCUAUGACAUCAUAUGGACUGCUGCCCCAUCUCCACAAGGCUAAAAAGCAACUUGUCAGUUUAGAGGGUGAAGGGUCACUGUUUGUUCGGCUCUGACGCCACGCUGGUUAUUCAAGAUGUUACAGUUCUCAUCAUAUGGGAAAUCCUCGAUUCACUCACAGCUAUAGAGUGGCUUGGAGCUAAAGUGGUACGGAUGGGAAAUGAGAUGCAGCCAGCUCAGAGCACGUUAGCCUCGCAGAUUUCCCAAGGCAACAGAGUCGACAACCUACCAACACGGAGUGGGAAGUCCAGCAGCUCCGGCAUUAACUCGGCAAAACGAAGAAGAAUUUCGAGGAAUUGAAGAUGUAACGUCCCGUGAAGUCUGCAAAAUUGCUUUGGUUGGGGGGCACAAUUACUACCUGAUGAAGCUUAGGACUGUGUCAUUAAAAACACAUCAUGCAUUGUCAUUUUACACGUCCUCGUCAUUGGUUUUCGAACUAAUAUGAAGGAGUUAGGGGAAUUGUAAUUUUGGUUGAAUGCAAAGUUGUACUUUUAAGGUCAUCGGCAUGCUGGAUGGAGACGCUGCAAAAACAGUCUUUCACGUCAUGAGACUUGAAGCAUCAAAAGCGCGGCCAGCUGACUAGAUGCAUCCAUAGGAAAAAGUUCUAGUAUCACAAUCAAAAACUCCAGUUUAAUAACUUGCAAAAGUAAAUGCAAGAACUUCUAAGGCAGUGAAAAAUCAUAUAAAUAAUCGUAACCAUUUUUCUUAUUCAACCAAAAGAUUUUAAACUUUUAAUAAUAUCAGAAUAUUUUUGAAGUAGAAUGAAGAUACGAUUUAAAUUGAGAAUUUUCAUGAGUCGUAGAUCUACUUGAAUAUAAUCCAUGGAAUGUGGCGUACAUUAUCAAUAAGCUAAAAAUCGUUAUACAUUAACUUCACACUGUUGCCUUUUCCAAUUCUUAGCGUAACUUUCUACGAUUCUUUCAGAAAGGCUGUUUAACACAGAUAUAAUUUGUUAUUAUCCUGUGGUUUUUUUAUAUCUCUUGUCUUGGCUCCCUAUUUCACUCGAUUAUGUAAACGAAACGUACUGUCGUCAAACUGUUUUGAGUUCUACAUAUAAAUAAAUCACUAUAUGAAAGAUCACCGUCUGCUGCAAACAUACUGUUGACGAAUAGAUCUUCAUAAAUCUAAAAACUUCAAUCUAAUAUUAAUAUGAAACCUUAAUAUGCACAUGCAUGAAUAUACACACGACUCGAAGCACGUAUAAACUAACGAAAUACAAAUUUUGUCAAAAUCAAGGUGUGAUUCAAGUCCUCACUCAGCGUUAUUCAAGCGGCAGACCGUCACAGAAUAUAAUUUACAUAGGCUAAAACGUCACUUCAGGACCAUUCAAACCGUGGGGGUGGGGUAUAAAAAAGAUACCCUCUUCCACCCUCUGACCGACUAAUUCUCAGAGAAUGACGAUUUCCAUUCCAGAGCCAUGGUGGUAUUCUAAGAUUUCUUAUACCGUUUAUAAAAAAAAUGCCCCUAUUCAAAAUCAAAAAGUUGCUAACACAUGAUGACUAGUCACCCUCUUGCUGUUAUCAAUGGAAAGGUCGCCACUUUCUAUUACAGCCACCCCGCCUGUGCCGUGGCCUAAUCUAUUAGACUGUCAAACUGAACUUGAAGAGCAAAAGGCCGCAGCCUAAAAUAUAAGGCAUGGCGCUUGGUUUCUUGGGUCUAACUGUUCGAAGCAACGAGGAAGAUGUUGUCGCUGUUUUUUCGUCUUACAAUCCUUGGGACAGCGUGUGUCUGUAUGCCCAAUGUGACCAAACUCUAUCUUCUCGGGCUCUAUCCAGAGUCUGGACCCUGGGUCGGAGCACAGACCGCUAUACCAGCAACCCAACUAGCUGUGACGGAUAUCAACAGCAAUCCUGAUAUUCUACCUCGUCAUCAGAUUGUUGUCAUACCAAGAGAUACGGAGUGCGAUGGUGGCAAGGCUACCGAUGAGAUGUACCGUGAGCUGUUCAACAAGACCACAACCAAGGUCAUGGUGAUCGGGGCAGGGUGCUCUAUCGCUACGGAGCCUACAGCGCAGGCCUCGCACUACUGGAAUCUUAUCCAGAUAUCGUAUGCUUCAAGUUCACCAAAGCUAUCAACUCGGUCGCUGUUCCCACGGUUCUUCCGUCUGUAUCCACCGGGGAAUAUGUUCAACAUUGCCAAGCUGGCCCUGAUAAGAGAAUUCAACUGGAAGAAAGUGGCGACACUUCAUCAGUCAGUUGCCAUCUUUUCAUUGGCCUUCGCAGAAUUCCACCGUGAUGCUAAAAGAGCCGGUAUCGAGGUGAUAGCUGCAGAGAGUUUCAUUGAGGAUCCAACUGAGCAGGUGGAAUUCCUGAAGCAUUCGGGUGCUCGCAUUAUCGUCGCUGGUUUCUAUGGUGACGGGGCAAGAAAGGUGUACUGUGAGGCGUAUCACCAAAAGAUGUACGGCGCCAAAUACGUCUGGAUAGUGCCAGGAUGGAUAACUCUGAAUAUUUGGUUGGUGCCGGACGAUUCGGUUGACUGUUCACUGGACCAGCUCAGGGAAGUGGCGGGCGGCCAGAUAGGCAUUAACGCUGUAAGUCUUCCUCCCGAUUCUCAGCGAGCACCAGCUCUGUCAGGAAUGACCACCAGCAAGUUCUUGGAGAGGUUCAAAGAGACUGUUGGCUCGGACAAUCCAGAAUCCUUGCCUGGUUACUCUGAAAUGCCGUUUAGCUAUGACACCAUAUGGACUGCUGCCCUAGCUCUACACGAGGCUGAUAAGCAACUUGGCAAUUUAGAUCCUCCACGAACCUUGGCUAAUUUUACGUAUGAAGAUUCCGUAACCGUACAAAUCCUCUUUGACAUUAUUAGCAACAUGUCUUUCCAGGGCAUAUCGGGUCCUGUGAAAUUUACUCCGUCUGGCGACAGGCUUGGAUUAAUUCAGAUUUGGCAGUUACAAGAUAACAGACACGUCAACGUGGGGGUGAUGGACCCAGGUACGAGCGAAGACAUCACAUGGGAAGGAUACGAAUCAAUCCGCUGGGAAGGCGGGGCACCCCCUGUUGAUUUUGUUAUUGAAUUUGAAGAUCGUCAGACGAUACGAAGUGCAGUUUUCAUUUCUGGUGCAAUUUUCGCUACGUUUGGGAUCAUCUUGGCCUGCUGCUUCCUGAUUUUCAACAUCCACUUCAAAAACCGCCGGAUGAUCAAGAUGUCGAGCCCCAACAUCAACAACUUGAUGCUGAUUGGUGGUAUGCUAGCCUACGUCUCCAUCAUCUUCCAAGGAGUGGAUACGGCCAUAGCAUCCACUGACACAUUUUUGUCGAUGUGCAAGGCCAAGACAUGGUGCCUUUCUACCGGGUUUUCCUUGGCCUUCGGCUCCAUGUUCUGCAAGACCUGGCGUGUGCACAAGAUAUUCACAAACAAAACUGCAAUGAGGAUGGUACUGAAGGAUCACCGAUUGCUCAUCUGGGUUGCCGUACUAGUUCUCCUAGAUAUUGUUAUUCUCAUUUUGUGGGAAAUUCUUGACCCUCUAGUUGCGGUAGAGCGGCUUGGAGCUAAAGUGGUUGACAACGAGAAUGACGACGUUGUGUACACACCUAUCCGAUUGUUUUGUGAGUCAAGGAACCAAAUCUACUGGAUUGGUACUUUCUACAUCAUCGAUGGCCUCCUGCUAAUAUUUGGCGCUUUUUUGGCCUGGGAGACCAGAAAAGUCUCCAUCCCAGCACUGAACGACUCUAAGUAUAUAGGUAUCUGUGUCUACAAUGUUCUGAUAAUGUCUUUAACGGGCGCGCCAAUGUCGUUUGUUCUCGAGGAGAGGAACGUGCAUUACGCCGCAGUCGCUACCCUGAUCUGGCUAACCACUACACUCACACUCUGCGUAGUAUUUGUACCCAAGGUACGGGCCAGAAACGUGGUGCAGCCUCGUAGCCACCAGAGUGAACAACCUGCCGACGUGGAGAGGGAAAUGCAGCGGCUCCGGCAAGAACUCGACAGAAUGAAGGCGAGGUUAGAAAUAAAUUGAGGAUUGGUACUACACCCUUGAUUCUAUUCUGACUACAUUCGUACAUCUGACUGCAGUGCUGGAUGAAACUUUGAAGAGUCCUGUCAAGGGUAUGCUUAUGGGACAGACAACAUCGUUUGGAUCUUUUUUGAUAGUAAACAUUGACUGACCAUUGUUACGAUCAGAUUUGGUUUCGAAAGAGCAUAUACGAGACGAACUACAUAAGUGUGAA